AUGGUGGCAAAAGAAUCUUACUCAGACCAAGAAGCAGGAAAUGAAGAGAACACUCUGCUUCAAGAUCCAUAUGAAGAAGAAGAAACUCUAUCCCUCAGUGACCUUCCAAUUCAUAGUGAUUCAAAUUCAGGUCAAAGGGGUGAUUUCUCCAAAGAAGAUGGAAAAAACUCAGCAGGAUCCUAUAACAAAGAGGAUAACGGUGAUGAUGAUGACUUCUUUGAAUUCUUCAGUGAAGAAUUCACCACCUCAAGUACUCAUGCAACUGCAGAGAAUAUAAUCUUUUGCGGCAAACUCAUUCCCUUCAAAGAUCAUCCACAUGUCCACAAUAGAGGGAAGAGCCUUAGCGAUAUUCAAGAGGCUGUGACAAUAUCUACUCAUGAUGGUGGUGGUAGCUUCAAGAAGGGACAAGAAGCAAAGGGUUCAAAGAGUUUUGCUUGUGAUUACACAUCAAUAGGGAAGGUCUCGCUAAUGAGGUCAACCACAAAGUCUAGGUGGUUUUUGUUUAUGUUUGGGAUGUCAAAGUUGUCCACCACUGAGAUGGAACUUAGAGACAUUAGAAACAGACAAAGCAGGAGGGUUCCCGCGACGAUGUUUCCGGCACCGGAGCAAGGGGAAGAGGUGAAGAUCAAAGCGAGGAGAAGCUGCAAAGGGAUGUGCAAGAUGUUGAGGUCAAUAUCAUGGGGUUUAGGCUGCAGCAGUAGCAAGCUUGCAAACGACGUAGUAAAGGCUGCUUUUGUGUGA